AUGUACCGCUCCGGCAGCGGCCGCUCCGGCCCCUCGUCCUCGUCUUCUUCUCACCGGCUGAAAGACUGUAGCUCGUCGGGGUCCCGCGCUUCCCGCUCUGGCACAUCGGGGCCGGGACCAGGCCGCGGCCGGCCUCCCCCGCCGCCCCCGCCGCCGCCGCUGCCUCCGCCGCCUCUCUCGCCGCCGCGCUCCGCUUCGCCUCGUCCCCCGCCGCGCCGCCACCGCUCCCCGUCGGGCCACCGCGGGGCUUCCCGCCGAUCCCCGUCGCCGCACCGUAGCAGAAGGUUGCCAUCGCCGCCGGGAGCACCAGGGCCCGGGGGGACCCGAUGCCGCCGGGGAAGCGAGCACGGAGACGGCAGCAGCAGCCGGAGACGUUCACCGAGUCUCCGCUCUGAGUCUUCACUGGAACAGAGUUUGCGGAUUACUGUUGGUAAUGAGCGGUAUUGCACUGGCACACCAGAACGAAGGAGGCUGCCAGAUAGACUGGGCUCACCAAUUGAUAACCUGAGUGACAGGGAUGAUAUGGCUGAUGGUCCAAUAUUCACUAGAGGCCUCUCAUGCCCUCGAGGCCUUGAGAGAUACCCAUCGCAUGAAGAUCAACCUUCAAGUCCCUUCAUCAUGAGACAUGAUGAAGACUACCGCAAUCGAGAUGUUUUUCUCCAUCGUUCAGAUUAUAGUCCCCAUUAUGGUCGUCGAGAAGAGCUGCCUCGUGGAUCUGAUAGAGAUGGUGAUAAACUCAGGAAAUCCUCCUACCCGCUGAGGCCAGAAGAGAGGGGAAGAGAAAUAAAGCGUCCACGGUAUGAAAAGGAUGAGAAGAUGCAUGGUGUGAGUGGAGAGCAUCAGGGUUUCUCAUCAGGAACACGAAACUAUCGCAGACGAAGCCGCAGCCGCAGUAGAAGCCCAAGUCCAUCGUACCUAAAUGAAGAAUUCCGAGAGCUUGAUCGUGCAAGACGGAAAAGAGAAGAAGAAGAGCGUAGUAGAAACUUGAAUCACGAUAUUUCAGGCAGUGGUUAUGUGAUCCCUGGCUUGACAAAUACACUACAGACUUCUGAGCCCCGGUAUACAUACAGGCCUGAGGAAAUCCCAUCCAUGCCGAAAAAAUCUAUUUUGAAGAAGCGAGUGGAGGUGGAAGUAGAGUCUCCUGUUCAGCCUGAGGGCUUUUCAAGCAGUCUGGCUCCCAGCAAGGAUCUUCCUCUUCUUUCUAGUCAUUCGUCUUUGUCGCAGAGCAACGAAAUGGCUCCUUUUGCCUCUGAAGUGGAAAACUUUCUCAAAGGGUUUAACAAAGACUCUGUUGUAGAGUCUGCAAACAAAGACUUGCAUGAUGGUUUAUAUGAGUGGAAUCCCCUUUCUGGGACUCCCAAAGAUUCUUUCACUUUUGAAGAUAAAUUCGGAAGCUUCUUGAGUCACAAAGAAAAGGUAGAACCCAAGUCAGAGCCUACUGAUCGCCCUACUGACUUCCUGCUGCCUCAUGAAAGGGCCAGUCAGGAUGGCAGUGGUUUCUCCAGAAUUCUGGGCAUGAUGGCUGAUUCUAUAAGUGCUCAGGAGAAGAGGAGGCGUAGUUUUCCUGACAUUGAGGAUGAAGAGAAAUUUCUUUAUGGUGAUGAGGAUGAGGACACCAAAACUGAAUCUCUCCCCAUUCAGAAGCCUCCAGUGAGUUGUGGCAACGAGCUAAUAAAUCAGAAAAUGAGCCCACCUCCUUCUCCUGCUCCAGCUGUUAAGUUGGAUCCUUUAGAAGAGCCUAAUGCUGAGUAUGCAAAGAUCCAUGACUUACUCAAAACCAUUGGACUUGACAUUGGUGUUGCUGAAAUUGGAAAACUGGCUGUUCGUACCCAGGAACGCCUUCAUGGCAAAAAGCUGGCAUCUCGUUCUCCUGAUCGUCGCUCUUCAGAUUCUCGCAGACUGGACCCUUGGGACUUGCGUCGCAGCCGGAGUGACACUCGUUCUCCUGAGUCAGGCCAGCAGCACUCAGCAUCACCUCCAGUCUCUUUCCAGCAGUCUAAAGAUGCAUGCUCUUUUCAGAAAUCAGAAUAUAUUAAGAACAAGCCAGUGGGACAGGAUAUACCUCCAUGUGCACCAGAACAGCCUCUUCCUCCUGUGUCUCUCAUACCCUCAGUUCCACCAGCUCCUGCUAGUUUGCCACCUACACCUACUUCUGUUUCUCAGUAUCAAAUUCCCAACUAUUCCCAGUUCACUCCCACUCAAAUGCCCCAAAACUAUCCACCUCCCACAAUGGCUCCUCCAGGAUAUGAUGCAUAUGGGCACUAUAUGGCUUAUGCAGCCUCUGGCUGGACCAUGUACCCCGCUGCCCAGCAACCUAAUCCUACACUGCCAGAAGCUCAUGGUCUUCUUACUAUGGCUAUGUCAGCGAACCCCACACGUCCCAACCUCCGGGUGAUUGAGACAGUCUCUAUGGGAAAAGAUGUCCCUGAUUUAAAACGAGAUGGUUCAGUGCUUGUUCAUGUCCCUACCACUCCUGCUCAUUCCAAAGUGCCCCUUCGUCUGUCUUCACACCCUCUCAAAAAUAACACAGAAAAGAUGUCAGAUGAGAAAAACCGGGCAGCUCAAAAGCAGAAGGUGAUAGAAGAGAGGGAAAAACUGAAGAAUGAACGAGAAGCGCGGCAGAAGAAGCUUUACUAUCUCAAAACUGAAUUGGACAGGCUUCGUAAACAGCAAGGAGAGAUGUUGAGGAAAAAACGUCGUGAGAAGGAUGGACACAAAGACCCCUUGUUGGUUGAGGUGAACAGACUACAAGAGAAUAUUAUGAAGGAGAUUUCAGAGCUGCAUAAAGAAUCUGAUGCAGCUGACAAGAAGCAGUCUGAGCUCGACAAAGUAGCACAAAUCCUGGGGAUUAACAUAUUUGAAAAACCCCGGAAACCAUCUGUGGAAAACAAAGAUUCCUCAGAGAAGAACAGCAAGUCAGAAAAUGCAAAAGGUCUGGAAAAAACAUCUUCCUCCAACAAGGAAUCAAAAACUACUAAUGAAAAAUCCAGAGGUAGAAGCCCGAAGCCAGCAGAAUCCUCUUCACAGUCCUCCAAACAUCCUUUCCAGUUGGCCAAUAUUUAUGAAUAUUAUGAUGCAGGGAACCACUGGUGCAAAGACUGCAAUACCAUCUGCGGAACCAUGUUUGACUUUUUCACACACAUGCAUAAUAAGAAACACAGACAGACUCUGGAUCCUUACAACAGACCUUGGGCUUCGAAGACACAGAGUGAGACCAAACAAGACUCGAUAAAACGCAUCGAUAAGAUAACUGUUCCUGCCAAAGGCUCUGAGUUUCUGAUUCCUAUCACUGGAUAUUAUUGCCAGCUCUGUCAUGAAUUUUUUGGAGAUCAGAUCUCAGCAGAGCAGCAUGUGAAAAGUCAUCCCCACAAUGAGAAAUACAAGAAAUACAUAGAUGAAAACCCACUCUAUGAAGAGAGGAGAAAUUUAGACCGUCAGGCUGGAUUGGCUGUAGUUCUGGAAACAGAGCGCAGGCGGCAGAACGAGCUGAAACGGAAACUAGUUGAGAAACAGAAAGAAGAGAAGGAUGAGAAGAAACCAAAAAUAAUAAAGAAAGAGGAAACAAAGAGUAUCCCAGAGCUUGGAGAAGGGACUAGUGAGACUCAAGGCAAAAUAGAUUCUUCUGGCCGAAAAAUGGGUAUCAAGCUUAAGCUGAAGAAGGAAGAGAAGAAGGAGGAGAAAAAAGAAGAAAAGAAAGAGGAAUCUAAAAAGGAAUCACCAAGCCAGACUUCUUUUGGGAAAUUCAGCUGGAAAAAGACUGAGAGAGACGAUAAAACCCCAGCAGGCACUAUUCCAAAGGAGGAGAGUACAGAAGGAAACAAAGAGGAGAGCAAGUGCCAGUCUGGGAAACCUCAUGUCAAGCCCAUUGAAAUCAAGCUGUCUGGUAAAACUGUUAUUCCACACACUAGCCCAUGGACACCAGUUGUUGUCACAUCAACACCAGCAAAAAUUCUACCCAAUCUACCAGUCCCCACCAUGAUUUUCAGGAAGUCUACUACUGCAACAGUUAGCAAACCAGCACCUUUGAACACCUUUUUAUCCAUAAAAUCCUCUGGAGCUACCACCAAACCAUUGCCUGUGGUAAAAGAAACUAAUGCAGACCUUCUGCUUCCCCCAGAUAUCAUCUCAAAAGCUUUUGGAGGAGAAGAAGUAAUUUUAAAAGGGGCAGAGGAGGAUUUGAAAGCAGCAGAGAAAACUGAAUCUUCUCAGACUUCUGAUAUACCUCCUCCACCCCCUCCUCCAAUAGCAGUCCAGCAGACAGCUGUCAUCCCUGCAGAUGAAGUAGCUCCAGGUGUGUCUGAAAGUGAACAGACAAUGCUGGCAAUGCCUGUGAGACCCCCUCCACCACCAACUUCAACUGCUUUCAGUGAACAGGCAAAAAAGGUAGAGAAACGGAACUCUUGCUUGGCCACAGCCAAUGCUAAAGAUCUCUAUGAUAUUUUUUACAGUAGUGGUGGAAAAGGUUCAGCUGAUAGCAAGCUUGCCAGUUCUGCACUUCCAAAUGGAGAAAACUGUAAAUCUGCAGAUUUAUCUGCAAACCAUAAAACAAAUAAUAGCUCAUCCUCCUUGAAAGAGGAUUCUCAGAAUGUGGCUACUGAAGUUAGCCCAGUCCACUCAGCUGAGACAAGCUCAGAACUUGGGAAAACUGAUAUUCAAGAGACCUUAAUAUUUCAUAAUGAGAUGAGCUCUGAUGUUGAAAAUGGUAUUCUGAAAGACAUAGGCCAAAAAUCUCAGACUCUUCUUUCAACAGAUGUUCAGAGCAAAUUGAAAGAAGAUUCCUCACAUUGUAAUAAUCAAGUGACAGGGCACUGGCUUCUCAGUGAGAAUCAGGCUGAAAUGAACAAGAAAACACUUCAGCCUCAGCUAUCAGAAAUGUCAGUCACAGAAUGGCCAGAAACAAAAACUGCUUCUGUUUUCCAUAUACCUGCAGAAAUUGGACUUGUGGAUAUUAGAGGCAGAGAGCAGGUAGGUAGUCAGGAGUUCUGUGAUCUGCGGGAAACAGAGAUUCAAGAGAAAGUUGAACAGGAAGAUGAAAAUAAAACUGCAGUUAAAACUGCAGUUACUAACACAAAUGUUCCUGGUACCUUGGAGAAGGAUACAGAGAUGAAAGACUGGGAAGUAAAAGAGGCAAAGCCUGAGCUUAGCUCGCACUCAAAGACUUUGUUACCUGAAACACAGAAUAAAAUUCAAAACUUGGGAAACUCCCACUUAGUAGAGGAAGAAUUAAGUGAUAGCUAUAGAACUCACUCAGAAACUGAUAGUCCAGACUUGCUCUGUAAUUCUCAAAACAUUUCAAAAGAAAAAGCUUUAGUAGCAGUAACAAUAGGGCAGAAUUCUAUUGAUGCCUCCUUAAAAGAUACAAAACUGAAAAGUACAGCUUUGGAAGUAUCUCAUCCAGGAGCACUUGGCAAAGCUCCCCGAUUUUCAGAAACCCAAAGUAAAAUUUCAGAAUCAACAAGCAGUCCUGGUGAAUGGGACACUUCCAGAACUAGUAACGGAGAAGAACAGGUCGUCACAACCUGUUCUUGUUCUGAAAGUAGUUGGAAUCUGUCAGAUGCUCCAAAUGUAGAAGUAAAAACUAAUUCUAAUGAAAUUAGUGCUUCAGAAUUGACAGAGGCACAGCCAGACACGUGUCUCACCAACACAGAAGUUACAAGUAGCAUAUCAGAAGCUCAAGAAAAAGUUCAACCUGAACCUUCAGGCCACACAGUGCUAGAUAAUAAAACCCAAAGGCAGGAAGUUACAUGUUUAGUGAACACCAGCUCUCCAAGUAUUGCUGAACUCAGAUCCAGUGUAGAAUUAGUAGUUGAAAAAAAAUCCUUAGGACACACUGGAUCUGAUGCAACGUUAGAUAAUGUUUUUAUCAAAAGAGGUGCAAAAGAAGUAGGGACUGGAGGCUUUUCUAGGGUUCACUCUGAUCUUGUCCAAGAGUCAAUAGUUGCUUUAUCAGCAGAUUUCCAUCGGGAGCAUUUUUCAGAAGCUGUCUGUGCCCCAGAAACAAAGCAUGAGGUUUUAAGAACCUCAGCAGCCAGCGACUUUCAUUCAAAUUCCACUUACUCAGGAUUGAACACUGAGCAAUCUGGAAGUCUCUCUGCAAAUGUUCUUGUGGAUAGCAAGAAAGUUUCUUUGACAUCAGAAGAUGAGAAAAACAAUGAGUCUCCCUCCCAGAAGGCAGAGCUCAAGCUCAAAAGUGCUGAUUGCAGUUUGGGAGAUAUUAAGGUAAAACAUGAAUGCUUCAGCAUCCUUACAACAGGACUUUUAAAUGAGAAUAUCGAAGAAGUCUCAAAACUAGAAACUGUUGCAUCCAUUAGGCUGGAGUCCAGUGAACUUAAGAAUCUAGGCAAUGAAAAAACAGUGGGUGAAACAGAGAUUACUGAUUUUGCUACACUGAGUUCUGCUAGUCGGGAAGAUAAAUUUUGCACACGGAUUUCUCAAACAGUUACGCCGCAGCUUGGACUGCAGUCCUCAAAUAGUGACACUACGGAAGUGGUCAUGCCAGUUCUAGAAAUGCAGGGCAUUUCUCCCACAUCUGAGAUCCUUCUGCAUGUGGAGGAGAGCAGAGGUGGUGCUGUCGAAAUGCCGUCACUGAGUUGUGACGGGGGCAGUGCAGAAAGUCAGGCUUCUGGCUGCACGGAAACUUUCCUUCCUGGGCUCAAAGAAACACACGGGAAGGAGGGUGGCUCAGGAGGCAAGGGAGCAUGCACCAUCCUGAGCAGGAAGACUGAGCAAACAGAAACUGCUGACAGUAGUUUGGAAGCUACAACAAAGUCAGGAGUCUCUGAAAGCUUAGCUGAAAGCUUAGCAGAAAGCCCAGUGGGUUGAAGUUAACCCAGCCAGUCCCAAUAUUUGAGGAGCCAGAGCUGGGAUUAUGUAUAUGUUUUUUGUUUGGUUUUUUUUUGUUGUUGUUGUUCCAGUUGAGGGUUUUGGGUGUAUUUUGCAUCCUGUGGUAGGACUUGACUAAAGGGAAACUUACAUCGUUGGAAACCAGACACAUACUUUAUUCUGUACAUAAUUAAUUGUGUAAAAUGUUUUUUCAUGUGAUUUUUUUUGCCAAUUUCUUUUCUACACUCUGCUAUUAAAAUGGAAUCUGUCGUUUAUAAUGCGUGCGUCUUUGUUGUUUAUUUUGGGGGCUUUUAUUCUUUGACCGUUUUUGGAUAAUUUCCAGCUCACCCUGUUUGUGUCAAUAGCACUGAGUAGCCCAGCCACUGGGACACGCUCAAGAACAGCAAUUUAGAACUUGAGGAAAUGGAGACUUGCAGAAGAGCUAAAACUGAAAAUUUCUUUAAGCUGUAAUGCAUGAUUUUGUUUACUUUCACUGUUUGAAAUGCAAGAAUGUGAUUAGAGUUGGUUUUGUUUGUUUGUUUAUCUGUCUCUGUGAUUUGUAAUUACUGUUGUAUUACAUCUGUACUUAAGCUGCUUCAUUGUAUUGUAUAAGCACAUGUAUGGAUGCCACAGCACUAAAGCAAGGGGAGAAAAUCUGUCCGACUGGCUUUUGGAGAAGAAGACUAAUCGGUAAGGCUCUGUGGCCUGACACCUGGACCAGACAUAUUGAGGUCACUUACAUGAUUUGAAAUGGGCUUUCUUUCACUGUAUUGUGAUCCAGUAACUAUUUGUGUUAAAUCAUUUAGCAGCUGACCAGCUCUGAAGAAGCAGAAGACCAGAACCCUGGUGUCAGGAAUUGGACUCGCUUCAUGUGAUAGAGACACAUGCAUGCCUACCCUGAAUGGUCCUUGAGCUAUCAAAAGCUCUAGCGUGAUGGUUCUCAUUUGUAUAGCUUGUUAAAGACUAAAGUAUUAAAUGUGUUUGCUUGGAUAAAUAUUACAUUUGUAAAUUGUUUAAAAAAUAAACAUAUCGUGGUCAACAA